GAUGGGUCAGCUCACCUGAGCCAAUGGAGGUAGCUGCCCUAGCUAAGCUCCCCUGCUCUUCACUACAAAAGCCAGAGCAGCUCCUCCUCUUCCACCUCUUUCUUUUUCUUCCAUCGAGCUCAUCAGAGUCUCAAACCAAUCUUCAAUUACUUUUCCCAACUCUCACAUUACAAUACCGAUUCGAUGAGUGCAAUCGCAGAGGACGGUGAUGGCAGCAUGCCCGAGCCCGUCAAGGUCCUGUUCACUCUCCACUCAGGCCUUGACGCCCUCGACUUCAUCGGUCCUCUUGAAGUUCUCAGCCACGCUCGUCACGAUCCCAAUGAUCCUGAAAGCAAGGCUUUCGAAGUCACUUUCGUCGGUGACUCCGAGUAUGUCACCUCUGCCCAAGGCGUCUCGUUCAAAACCGAUAUGACCUUCCGCGAGGCUCACAAGCACCUUUCCAACUACGACGUUGUCAUCGUUCCCGGUGGAGGCACCGACAACGUGCUCAGCAUCCCCUACUUCGGCAAGAACAAGGGUACCGAGCCCAUGGCUCUGAUCAAGGCUUAUGCCGACAUCCAGACCAAGAACCCCAUGAGAGAGAGAACUCUCAUGUCGGUCUGCACCGGCUCCCUCUUUGUGGCCGAGACUGGCAUCCUUUCUGGAUUGUCAGCCACCACUCACCCCGACUACAUGAUCAAGAUGGAGAACCUCAACCAGAGCGUCUCUCAUCGCGACAUGUCUGAGCGCUUCGAUGUCAUGGAGGAGCGCUAUGUCGUCAACAAUCUCCGCUUCGACAUCAACGAAGAGGAGGAGAACCCCUACAUCCGCCGUCGCUCCGACUCACACUCGGGUCAUCGUGCUAGCAACGCUCGCAAGGGCAGCUUCUCUUUCAAGCAGAGCAACACUCGUCGUGAGAGCAACGCUAGACGUGCUCAGCUCAAGCUUGGUGGUCUCCGUGUCAUCACCAGCGGUGGCAUUUCGACUGGUCUCGAUGCUGCCUUUUAUCUUGUCAGUGCUCUGGUCAGCCAUGAGUCGGCCAAUGAGGUCGCUCGCAAGAUGCAGUAUGAAUGGCACAAGGGUGUCGUCUGCAAGGGUGUUGAUGUUUGAUAAACUCCGAUGUAUCAACAGGACUUGGGACUCGAUGUGACUAUCGUUUUCCAGUCCGCAGCAAGCAUUGCACAAGGAAGCGCCUCUGAAAUAUGACGCUCGCUUUGAUCCGCAAUUGCGAUGAGAAUUGCUUCUGUACUGUUAUGGAUGAUUUCGACCUGGAAUUAUGGUUGAAAAGAUGGAAGAAACUCCGGAAAACCCUACAUACCUAGCUAGCUAUGCAGCUUGAUCACGAGAAUGAGACAUGAACACUUUUACAAACACAUAGCAGCUCUAGCCUCCUGAUAUGAUGGAUGUACGAGUACGACGAGGAGGAAGGAACGAAGCAGGAGAUGAGGUGACAUUUGCGGAGAAGAUCUUGCCAAGGCCGCGAGACCCCGCGGUGACAUGUCCAGACUGACGUUGUGCCCCU